GUAGCUGAGUGUUCUUCCGGCUUACAUGUUGGAAAAAAAGAAAAGACGAAUGGAAAAAAUUGUAAUCUACAAAGCGAAUAUUGGCUUGUGACUACGAGAAACGGUCAUAAACGGUUAAAAUGAGCUCACAGCAAUUCCCCCGACACGGGCUGCCAGCCUCCAGCGGGGGAGCACCUCAGAUCCCCACAGCUGCGAACCUAGUGUCUGUCAACCAGCCGUCAAAUCCACCAGCAGGUGGAGAUGCAGACAGCAGACAGGAAGCUGCUGAUCAUACCCAGCAGGAUCAUCCACCAGCCGGGGGAGGAGGAGGAGCCCUGGCCUUCAGAGAUGAAAAGCAGGAAACAAUGGUAGUCCGACCUUACCCACAAGUGCAGGCGCACGGCCAGCCACAAGCUGCUCCCCAGGCCGUGCCCAUCCAGCCAGGCACACCUGUGACUGUACCUGCCCCCCCAGUCCACCUCACACAGGGCCAGCCCGCCGUCCUCACUGAGGGACAGAUGAAGGCUGUCCUUAAGUCCCCUAUGCCAAGUCGUCUCAUUGCGCCCGCACCAGCCUCUAACCAGGCUCAUAUUCCCAUACCUCCCAAGGUGCCUGGUCACAUUACAGUCACUAUAGAGAGCAGCAUUGCUCCAACUCCAUCUAUACCAGUGGCAACCAUCAGUGGUCAACAGGGUCACUCCAGCAACUUGCACCACCUGAUGCAGGCAAACAUUCAGAUCAUUAGGGGUAGUGCCCCGCUGCAGAUUGGUACCCCUGCUGUCCCUCCACAAACCUUCACAUCUCAUUUACCCCGAGGAGCUGCUGCAGCAGCAGUUAUGUCCAGUUCAAAAACUGUCUUGCGACCAGCAACUGGAGCGAGCGCAGGUCCAGGCCAGCCGACAGUGCAGCACAUCAUCCACCAGACUAUACAGUCCCGCCCUGCUGUAACAACUUCUACAGCAGUGCUCCCAACUGUGGUGGCCCCCAUUUCAGCUACAAGGACUCAGUCUCCAGUUAUCAGUCCGACGGUCACACACUCUGCAGAAGUGACACAUGGGCGUCCAGGUCUCACCAUUCACCCUCCUCCUGCCACAGUCAGUAUUCAGAGGUCUCAACCGUCUCGUGACACCGCGACACGGAUCACACUGCCGUCUCAUCCAGCUAUUGGAGCUCAAAAGCCUCAACCUCCACACACCAUGGCACAGAAGCCAAUCUUUAGCUCUGUAGCACCUGUAGCUGCAGCAACUGUGGCACCAAUCGUUGCCACUAACACAGUGCCAUCAACAACCACAAUAGGCACAGUUCCACACACCCAGAUGACCAACAGCACUAUUGUCACCAUGACGAUGGCCUCACACUCCUCUCAUGCUACGGCAGUAACGACCUCUGCCAUCCCUGUUGCUAAGGUAGUCCCUCAGCCCAUCGCGCACUCGUCAUCCAGAGUGCAGCCCGACUACCCUGGAGAGAGAGCCAACCUCAUCCCCAUCCCAGGCCAUCGGUCGUCUCCUAACCCUGUUACCAUGGAAGCAAGAAGUGACAACAGGCCUCCUGUGCCAGUACAGUUCCAGUAUUUCCUGCCAGCUUACUCCUCGUCAUAUCCUCUGACGCACACCUACACCCCCAUCAGCAGCUCUGUGUCUACCAUCCGUCAGUAUCCUGUUACUCCUCAAGCUCCGAGUUCAGCGCUGCCCACCCAAACUGGAGUUGGAGUGGCAACCACCGUCCAUCUUAACCACAUGCAGCUGAUGGCUGUGGAUAGAAUUGGUCUCCCAUCCGCACAAAUCAGCACCCAAGGGAUCCAACCUGCACCAAUUGCUGCACAGGGCAUUCAGCCUGCACCUAUAGGAGUGCAGGGCUUGCACACGUCUGCACCGAUUACCACACAAGGAAUCCAGCAGACACCGAUAGUCACUCAGCAGCAGCAGCAGCCACAACAACAGCCCCAGUCUGAAGCCAAACCAGGGGGGGUUGUUUUGGCUGAUGGCUUUGUAGCAAGCCCCAUCAGCACCACCUUCAGCACCACUCAGCCGGUGGCCAACAUGGUACAGGCACACACACAGGGAGGAGUCGGAGGAGCUCCCACCCUCGUGUCAUCUCCAAGACCCAGCAUCCUCCGUAAGAAGCCGGCAAAUGAAAGUUGUGUUCGUAAAAACUUGAUCCCUGCCCAGCCCACUGAAGCAGCUGGAGGCCGAAUCGAGAGCGGUGUGAGAGGAGCAGGAUCUCCCAGACCUGCAGGUGUGAAACCUAAAACUGAGGUGCACAUGGCGGUGGCCCCUCCAGUCAUGGCUGCAGUAGAAGCACUGCCCUCUCAGGGUGGAGAGCAGCAGUCGGUGUCCUCAAACCCUCAGCAUCUCGCACAGGCUAUCCCCACCAUGCUGGCCACACCAGGGCCUGUACCCCCGUCCCAGCCCUCCACGGUCCUGUCAGCCCUGCCGGCAGCCAUGGCUGUAACUCCUCCUGUUCCUGCCUCCAUGGCUAACACUGUGGCAUCACCCACUCAGCCUGCUGCCAGCAGCACUGCAGCCUGUGCUGCCAGCUCUGCCUGCCCUGAUUUGAAGAUUAAACAGGAAGUGGAGAGCAUGGACACGUCUCAGCCAGAUCCAAAUGCGACCUUGUCGUCAGCCCCAGUCCUCAACACCCCAGGCUCCACUCUGAACACUCCAGCUCCUGGAGAGCUGAUUCCAGGUGCCUCACCGAGGAAGAAGCCCCGCAAGCAGCAGCAUGUUAUUUCUACUGAGGAGAGUGAGAUGGUUGAGACAAACAGCACAGAUGAAGAGAAGGCCCCAGGAAGGCCAAUCACAGGCAGGGCCGAAAGACGGGAAUCUCCUCCCAGGGAAUAUGUUGAUGAAGAAGGAGUACGCUAUGUACCAGUCAGACCUCGACCACCUGUCACACUUCUACGACACUAUAGAAACCCCUGGAAAGCUGCCUACCACCACUUCCAGAGAUACAGUGACAUCCGGGUCAAAGAAGAGAAGAAGAGCAGCUUGCAGGACAUGGCCAAUCAGAGAGGAGUGGCAUGCAGAGCACAGGGCUGGAAAAUUCACCUUUGUGCUGCUCAGCUCAGGCAGCUGUCAAGUUUGGAGCAUGAUGUGUACAGCCGCCUCUCCACCCUUCAAGAAGGCCUGAUCCCUAAGAAGAGAGCAGGAGCCGAUGACGACCUUCACCGAAUCAAUGAGCUGAUACAGGGUAACAUGCAGCGCUGUAAGCUGGUGAUGGAUCAGGUAACCGAGGCCAGAGACACCAUGAUGAAAGUGCUGGACCACAAAGAGAAAGUGCUGAAGCUGCUUAACAAGAACGGCGUCGUCAAGAAGUCCUCCAAACUGAAACGUAAAGAACGAGCAUGAACGUCUUCUCUGUGGACAAACACCGCCGCCGCCAUCGUCCCUUCUUUGAAGGGGAGAGGGAGCUGCUCAGAAUUUGGUGCUAUGAUUUGCUCUAAACAAUCGCACGCACCCUCCCUGUCUGCCUGAAAGCAGGUGGAGAAAAACAGCGGGGAGGGCCUCGAGAAGCAGGAAACAGGUUUUAUUCACUCACAUGAUGAGCGUGGAGCAUCAUAGGUUGAAUUAAAGUGGCUGACUGGAUGGCUCUGUUACCAUUUCCCCAUUUUUUUGUUAAUUUUUGAAGAGACUAUUUUUACUAACUCAACGUCUGCCUCUUCUUUUAAGAAAAUAUUUGAACCCGCCCCUUUGUGUAUGUUUGAUUUUUGGCACUAAAUGCAGGUGCAGCAAGUGAUGAAAGUAUUUCGGUAAAAUUUCAAAGGACUGUUGAGUUAUUGAAUGAGGUUAAAUCAUUUAGGAAUCUUUUAGUAAGCUGUGUGUAUACAGACUAAUCUCAACUGUGCUCUUUUCAUUAAUCUGUGCCUUCAUUUUGUUGGUGUACAUGAAACAGACAGGAACGCUGCUGUUAAAUAAUCUUAAAUAUCAUACAAAGAGAAGUUUCAGGUCAUUUCAACCGUUUCCCUUUUCUCUGAAAGUCCUGCACCUGGAUUUUAUGUUCACAUUUGUUCUAUUAGUGUGGGUAAAAUACCUUAAUGAGCCACAAGUGUAUGGGUAGUGUUGAAGAUAAUACAUUAAUGAAGGGUGAAGAAAUAAAUAAGCACCCUAAAUGUGGCGAUUUAAAUGGAUUUGAUAUGCAAAAAAUGCUCUUAAAGGAUAAAUGUCGUCCCUAGAUUGUUAUCUAAAAGUGAGAACAUACUGCAUAUGCAUAACGGCAAGAUAACUUUACAUUCAGACUGCUGUGAAUCACCUACUUAAUCCAAAGUAAACAGAUGUCACAGUGGUAAAGAUUUUUUUUUUCCUUUGGUUUCAGAAAGUAGAGUGUUUGACGUAGAGAGCAAGACACUUGGUGUGAUUAUCCAGACAGACUGAAUUCAUGUAAAUCACUGUAAAUGUGCUUUUGUUUUUUCCAUUGACCUGGUUUCUUUUCAAGUUUUGUACUCAAUGAAACACUUUUGUGCAGUGUGAUGUGAGCCGCUUCAUUUUGCAGAGUGUAACGAUAAUGACAUUAUGAGAUGAAGUGAGCCUGAAAACAUCCAGCUAUUGUACAUUGUUUUUGUCUGUGUAAUUAUAGUAAAGAUACUUAAACAAUA